CCCCCACCUCCUUCCUCCCUACCACUUCCACCGGAGGAUAUUACUUUGCGACGGCUGAUCUGGAGAGGAGGUGCGACCUGAAGUGACUGAUCGUCGCCCUCCGCCUCGCAGUCCGCCGCUGAUCCCGGGCAGGUCUCCGCGGUGCAGGAGGAGCGGGGUGGAGCAGCAGCGGAGCGGGUCGAGAGAGAAAAGGUGAACGGAUGGGAUCGACCCGAUGGGACUGUCGGUGAAGUGAAAGCCAUCCAACGUGGGGGGAGCGCAACCCGGCUGGUUUCAUCGGGAUUGCGCCCGUUUUACGUAACUGAGCUUUCGUGGAGGGACCGGCAGGGAAACUGCUGGUACCGAGCUGUUCAAUCACAGCGAGGAAACGCAGGUGAAGGGAGAGGAGUGCAGUCACAAGUUCGUCCAUCUACUCUCCACCCACCCAGCAUGAUCGGCGAAGGCGCAGUCUCCCAUCGCCAGUGAGUAGUCGAGAUGAACGAGGGCCACAGGCAGGGAGGAGGGGCUAUCACUGUGGAGGCUGAUGUCAUCCUCCAUGCCGUGAACCCUGACCUUGUCACACCUCCGGACAAAAGUGGGAGUCUAUGUCCAGGUUACGUCCAAGGGUUCCUGCAGGGCGAGCAGGAUUUCAGCCCCCCUCCGGUGUUUGAGAAGGAAUACCUGUUGGAUGGAAGACUGAUGGAGAACAACCACGUCGACCAUCAGAAGGGUAACGGCUCGUACGUCCCGAGAGCUGAUAAAUUUCACCUCCCCAACAAUAAGCCAGCUCCGGAUCUCCCUCCUCACGCUGACUCCGCUGUGGCCAAUCACAUCGCUGGCAUGCAGCAAAAUUGUGCAAGAAGUGAAAUCCACAAUGGCGCCAGAGCUAAACUGUCUUACAGUGCAGAUUCCUCCAUAUGCUCGCCUAACCAAGCCAAACAGGAAACUGAUUGGUCAGUCCUAAAAUCAGACCUCGAGCGCAGGGACAGCAGCCAGGAAGCUGAAAAUACACAGUCUAAGAAAGAGCCCGAUUUAGUCAUCGAAGUCGGCGGGCAGACGAUCAGCGCUCACAAGUCUGUCCUGGCAGAGAAGAGUGACUACUUCAAAGCACGUCUGUCACGAGACAUCCUCAAAGUGAAGGGCUUGAGCUACAAAACUUUGUCUACGUUGAUAGACUAUGUUUACACUUCUCAGAUGAAUGUUUGCAAGGACAAUGUAGUAGACGUCAUCACGGGGGCUAAAAUCCUCCAGAUCCCCUGUGCCGUCCAGGCGGCCAUGGACUCCAUGUCCGCACAAAUCACUGCAGAGAACUGCUACGAGAUCCUGACCAUUGCCAAAAAGCAGCGACUCAGUGAACUGAAAGAGACUGCCUACGGAUUCAUGAGCGACAACUUCCUCCAGAUCCUCAAAGACCCCGCUGUUUACGGGCGCCUGACUGGAUCUGAGCGGGAUCUGAUCCUGAAGAAGAGAAUGGAGGGGAGGCAGACUCUGAUGGUGGCAGAGAUAAACGAUGUGUUUGAUCGCGUUGGGAGCCGGCCGCCGAGCCGGUGCGGGAGCCGGCCACAGAGCCCGCUGUCGGUUGGGUCUUUGGAGGAGAAUCAUAUGAUCUACUACUUUAACGAAACAGCAAAUGACUGGAGACCUUUGACUGCGAUGCCUGAGGACAUAAACACUAAAGGGUGUGGGAUCUGCACCAUGUAUAACUACCUGUUUGUGGCAGGGGGAAUAAAGGGCUACGGGGAAAAGGGCAAAGUUUCAGACAAGGUCUUCUGUUACAACCCCAUAACCAACCUUUGGACUGAGGUCAGACCUCUGAUCCAAGCUCGUGCCCAGCUUAAGCUUGUGUCCAUGGAUGGCUACUUAUACGCCAUUGGAGGGGAAUGUUUGUUUACAGUGGAAAAAUAUGACCCUCGCAUGGACCGCUGGACCACAGUGGCCCCCUUGCCCAAGGGAGCCUUCGCAGUGGCCCAUGAAGCCACAACCUGCAGCGGAGAGCUUUACGUUUCAGGAGGCUCCCUUUUCUACCGCCUUCUUAAGUAUGACCUCAAGAGGGACGAGUGGCAGGAGUGCCCCUACAACAACAGCAGGAAGAAGUCCACAGACAUGGUGGCCAUGAAGAGCUUCAUUUACCGCUUCGAUGUCAACCGUGAGCAGGGGAUCACCGUGUUCAAGUACAACACCAUAGUGAAAAUGUGGCACGAUUGCGCAUCGCAGAGGCUCGGAAGUCACUUACCAUUCAGGUGUGCCGUUAUCGGGAACUGCAUCUACUGUGUGAACAAAAGCCAGACUCUUCAGUUUGUAGUGGAGGAGGAGAGCGCCUACUUUGUCGAGGAGCCGCUGAAAGCGCCUCUGGAGGCAAAAGGCGUUCUUUUUCCUUUUGUUCUCGCUUUGCCUGAAAAGCCUGAAAAGGUUACAUAGUAUGUGUGUGUGGGAUCCAGAGUAACACAAUAAAUGUGUCAUAGCAGAACUGGAAUAAGCAGAAGACCUUAUAUACAUCUUCAGUGUCAGCUUUCUCUCUCAGUGUCUCAUUGCCUGCUUACAAUGAAUCUGUGUAUUUGCAUGGCAAUGUAAUGUGUCUGCAGGGUUAAGCCUUAAAAGGAAAAUUUUUUGUUUUUGUGUUGAAUGAAUGCAACAAUAUUUGUACCCGACUGUAGAUAAUGACACAAUGACAGUGACCGUAGGUUAUUUUGUGCAUUUUCUGUGUUCAGUUUGAUUUGGUGCACUUUUGUAGUUAGAAUAGAUAUUAUUUAGAACAUAUUAACUAGUUGACCGGUGACUUUGGUAACAAAAACAAGUGUUUUGUUGGAAGUUGUAUAAAAAAACAAACAAUGGAAGCAGUUGUAGUGCGCUUUAUGAACGAUGCAACACAGGUUCUAUGCAAAUGAGACAGAAUGUACAGGAGGGUCUGCUGUAAUGCUGUGCUAUUUGACAGCUACUAUAAUAGGAAUUGUAAUUCAGGGGAUGUUUUCAGUCAAAGCAAAUUCCGCAUGUCAACUUGGUACCUCCAUGAAACAAAACAACAAAAAAACAACAUCAGAAAUAUUAUACAAGAGGAUUAUUGUAAACCGAAUAUGAAUAGAAUGCUAUUUUGCUCAUAGUGUAUACUCACAGUUCCUACAUUUAGCACAUUUGCCAAAGAUAAAUAAAAAUUCUUGUCAGGCUAAAAUAAAUGCAUCAAAACUGACCAAGACCUUCACAUCUUUUGUGGAUUAAGUUCCUUAUAAAAAGUGUUCCUCUGACCUCACCAGUUGAGUUAAAAAAAAAACUAAAGCAAUAGUUGUUUUUUUGUAAGAGGAAGGGCAUCAUGUUUGCUGCUACAGGCACUUUCUGGGAAGUUAAGGAGAAAGCGAGCCACUCACAAUACACAAAGAUGCAUCUCUUAUCUGUCUUUCCCUGUAUGUGUUUGAGGAAACAGCAACGGACUCAGCUGCUAAUAGGUUUCUUCACUGACUAGGGCCAGUCCAUCCUUCAGGUCAAUGGUUAAAUCAGAUGCUAGAGUGCUGCAGCAUGGUCAGGCCAUGACCCUGACUGCUUCCACAUAUACAAUAUCCUACUGUCAUGACACUAACAAACCAUGUCCUUCUUGCAUCUGUGCACAGUAAUAUGCCAACUUUUGCUCUAAGUUCCCUUCUUUUAGACAUUUCACAGUAUUUGUUUGCUGCUGCAAUAACACAGUGGGAGUUUUGUAUGGAAGCUAAUGCUGAUAUAUUCUUGGAACAACUUGCUUUUUGAUAAUGUUUGUAGAAAUGUCUCCAAGCAUUCAACGUGACUAGGACAAAAUGGAUGUGGUUUUGAUAUUUUGCUGGCUGGCGUCUGUAUUUUUGUGAAAUUUUGUAUGGAUUGGGUAGUUUUGGAUCUGCUGCUGUGAUGGACAGUAAAGUAACGCAAUGCUGGCUUCCUGUUCAAGGUAUAUGGAGUGGGCUAAUGAAUUAGCUGUUGGAUAAUGUAUAUCAGUCAGAACUAAGUGCUUCAAAUAAAAUAUUUUGUGUCUGAAAAUGA